CACCCGAGCACAGGUCCCUGCUUACACAGACACUAUGUCUCUCCGAUUCUCUUCUUCAUCCAGAAGGGUUGGCUCAGCUGGAUCUGUUAGACUGUCAAGUGGGGGAGCAGGUUUUGGGGUUGGAAAUACAUGCGGCAUUCCCGGGAUAGGAAGUGGCUUUUCAUGUGCCUUUGGUGGCAGCUCAUCUGGAGGAGGCUAUGGAAGUGGUCUGGGUGGGGGAAGCUCUUCCUGUGCCAGCUUCACAGGGAAUGAAUCGGGGCUCCUCUCUGGUAAUGAGAAGGUGACCAUGCAGAACCUUAAUGACCGCCUGGCUUCUUACCUGGAUAAUGUUCGUGCCCUGGAAGAAGCAAAUGCAGAUCUGGAACAGAAGAUUAAGGGAUGGUAUGAGAAAUAUGGGCCUGGCUCUUGCCGGGGUCUUGAUCAUGACUAUAGCAGAUAUCACCCAAUAAUUGAAGACCUUAGGAAUCAGAUAAUUUCAGCAACUACCAGCAAUGCCAGUGUGGUCCUGCAGAAUGACAAUGCCAGGUUGACAGCUGAUGACUUCAGACUAAAGUAUGAAACAGAGCUAGCUCUUCACCAGAGUGUUGAGGCUGACAUCAAUGGUCUGAGGAGAGUGUUGGAUGAGCUGACCUUGUGCAGAACAGACCUGGAGAUUCAGGCUGAGACACUGAGUGAGGAACUGACUUAUCUAAAGAAGAACCAUGAAGAGGAAAUGAAAGCCCUCCAGUGUGCUGCUGGUGGGAACGUGAAUGUGGAAAUGAACGCAGCCCCAGGGGUGGAUCUGACUGUUCUACUGAACAACAUGAGGGCUGAGUACGAGGACCUGGCUGAGCAGAACCGCAGGGAUGCUGAAGCCUGGUUCAAUGAAAAGAGUGCCACACUCCAGCAGCAGAUCUCUGAUGAUGCAGGGGCCACCACCUCAGCCAGGAACGAGCUCACAGAAAUGAAACGUACAACCCAGACCCUCGAGAUUGAGCUGCAGUCCCUCCUGGCAACGAAACACUCGCUUGAAUGCUCACUGACUGAGACGGAAGGGAACUACUGUGUGCAGCUCUCACAAAUCCAGGCCCAGAUCGGGGCCCUGGAGGAGGAACUGCAGCAGGUCAGGACUGAGACUGAGGGCCAGAAGCUGGAGUAUGAGCAGCUUCUAGACAUUAAGGUUUAUCUAGAAAAAGAAAUCGCAACGUACUGCUCCCUCAUUGAUGGAGAGGAUGGAGAUUGUUACAAAUCCAAAGGUGGCUAUGUGCCUGGAGGACCCGGAAAUCAGAUAAAAGAUUUAUCUAAAACCACUGUGAUUAAAACAGUAGUGGAAGAGAUUGAUCCUCGAGGUAAAGUCCUCUCCUCCAGGGUCCAUGCAGUUGAAGAGAAAUCCUCCAAAAUUAACACCAUCAAGACGGAGCAGAGAGUGCCUUCCUAAAGAUGCUCAAAGACAAGGCCUCAGGAAAAGCCCUGAAGUUCCAAUAUGCAAUUAAAAUCAGUACAGAAAAUAAAGACUUCUUUUUUCUUUCUUUUUUCUUUUAACAAAUUAAGACAAAGUCUUGUUAGGAUAGCAAGAAUUCCAUUCUGUUUUUGUUCGAUGGUGUCUCAAUAAAAGUUCUGCCUGUCG